AUGCGGCGCGUGGCGCCGUACUUUAGAGGGCUCAUAAACGAAGACUUCGUGGUGCGCCGCGCCAACUACGAGGAUACUAAGGGGCGGUGCCCGCCGUACAUGAUCUACGUGGACCACGAGGCGCGCGACAUCUGCCUCGUGCGGUUGGACGGGGGGUUCGUGCACACGGGCAUGCUGAAGGCGGCGGCGUGGCUGCUGGACCAGGAAAUGCCCGUGCUCACCAUGCUCGCGCGCUACCACCCCGCCUACACGCUCACGUUCACGGGGCACUCGCUGGGCAGCGGCGUGGUGGCGAUGGCGACGGUGAUUCUGCACGCCAGCAGGGAGCACGUGGGGUUCAGUGUGCGGCGCCUGCGCUGCUUCUGCAUGGCUCCCGCUCGCUCCAUGUCACUCAACCUCGCCAUUAAAUACGCUGACGUCAUCAACUCCGUCGUGUUGCAGGAUGACUUCCUGGCGCGCACAUCAGCACCUGUUCGCUCCGCACUUGCUGCUGGCUUCUGUCUACCAUGCAUGCUGCUGUACAAGUACCAGCAGGAUGCACUCAUCUCCACCUCUGACAAGCUCAAGGACCCGCGCCGCCUCUACGCGCCUGGACGGCUCUUCCACGUGCUCUACCGUCCCCACAUGAGCAUGGCACAGUACCCACACCCGGUGGUGAAGACAGCAGUGCCAGUGGAUCACCGGUUUGAGCGGGUGGUGGUGUCACCCUCCAUUGUCUACGACCACAUCAUCCAUCAUAUAGAAGCCAAGUCUGCCCUCGCCCUCGCUGCAAUGGAAGCGGAGCAGCAGGAGCAGCAGACCCCGCCCGAGGAGCAGCGCAUGCAGCGCAGUGCCACGGUCAAGGAGCGGCGCGGCGAGCACCUGGAGGCUCUUGCAAGGGCCGUGUCCCUGCACGUGGCACAUGCUGCUGACCCCAGCAGCCUGCCACACCUCCACUCUGAGGAACCAGAGGAGGCGCAGGAGGAGGAUACGGUGGGGCAGGACGGGGAGCCGGGAGGGAAAGAGGCGGAUGGGGGGGAGACAGGCGGAGAGGGGGCAGUGGAUGGGGAAAGUGGGGAGUUGGGGGGGAGUGGAGCAGAGGUGGCUAUGGAGAGAGUGAAGGUGGAGGUAGAGAAGGCGAGGGCAGAGAUGGAGAAGGCAGCAGGGGUGGUGGCUGGCAAGUGGACAGAGAUUGUGGAUGGGUUGGUGGCCAAGGCGGCUGAAGAGGUCACCAAGGUGGCUCCAGGCCUGGCAGACGACAAUGCCCACGAAUGGCAAUAA